UUCAACUCAAUUAUAAUUUUAACAUCUUUAUUGAGAUAUAAUCCACAGCCAUACAUACAAUUCACCCAUUCAAAGUGUACAAUUCUGUGGGGUUUUGUUUAUCCAGAGCUGUGCAGGCAUCACCAUAAUUAUUAGAACAUUGUCACCACUCCCCAGAGAGACCCCUGUACCCCUAGCUAUCACCCCACACCUCCUCUCCAGCAGUCAUCACCACCAAGCCACUCUGUCUCUAUGGACUCGCCUCUCCCGGAUGCUUCCUAUAAAUGCAAUCAAAGCAUCUGUCCGGCUUCUCUCACUCGGCACUGCAUGUUUGAGGUCCAACCUCGGAGUGCCACGCCUCAGCACUCUUCAUGUUUACGGUUGCACAAUAUUCCACUGUGUGGAUGGACACACUGUGUUUAUCCAUCAGGCAGUGGACGCUUGGGUUGUUCCCACCUUCAGGCUGUUUUGAAGGAUGCUGUGUAAACACCUGUGGACAGUUUUUGUGUAGACACAUUUUCAUUGCUUUUGGGCAAAUAGCUAGGUGUGUAACUGCUAGGUCACAUGUAGCUCACGUGUCAGACCUACACUACGGAACUUCUAGCGUGUUUUCCACAGCGGCUGCUUCCUCUUACAUGCCCACCUUGAUAAUUUUGUAUUUAUUUUUGAGACAGAGUUUUACUCUCAUUGCCCAGGCUGGAGAGCAGUGGUAUAAUCUCGGCUCACUGGAACCUCCACCUCUUGGGUUCAAGUGAUUCUCCUGCCUCAGGCUCUUGAGUAGCUGGGAUUAUAGGCACCUGUCACCACAGCUGGCUAAUCUUUUGUAUUUUUAGUAGAGAUGGGGUUUCACGAUGUUGGCCAGGCUGGUCUUGAACUCCUGACCUCGAGGGCUCUGCCAGCCUUGGCCUCCCAAAAUGCUGGGAUUACAGGCGUGAGCCACCAUGCCUGGCCUGACGUUUCACCUUCUUUUGGCCUCUGAGGGACCCCUGAAGGCUGGUAAGGGCCAGGCUGUGGGAAUGUGCCGUACUGGGGUUGAGGGGCAGUGUGGGAUUCAGUUCUUCAAAUUCCAUUCGCAAUACUUGAGCCCACAGUUGGGGAGGAAGGGCACGGGGCGGGGCCGGGCCAGAUGGACACUGCAGAUGCUGACCCUGCAGCCCCUCCUGUGUAAAAUGGCUGUCACAGUCACGCCUGCUUUGUGUAUAGGGUACGUGCUCAGGCAGUGCCUCCGUCAUCGCCCAUGGAGCUCCUCGAGGUUUUCUCUUUGGUUUCUAGAAUCCAGAAUCUGUCUCAGGGCUUGAGGGGCAUGAGAGGCGUCUGGUCUGACCAGCCCUGCCUCUGCUCGCACAGGUGCUCACCCGCUCUGCCAGCGCCUCUGCACACACAGCCUUGGAGGACGGCCUGAUCCGGGCAGCAAAGCUCCGUGCAUCCUCAACCUUGGCUCCUGGGGCAGGGCCGGGAGCCUUGGGCUGAGCUGGCUUCUGCUGGAAGAGUCUGCUCUGCCCAAAACAGAGCUCAUCAGAGUUAUGAUCUCAGCUUGAUGAGGGGAGCCUGUCAGAGGGAACCCAAAGCCAGCUCUAUUUGCCCCUUUCCUCCUCUUCCGGAGGUGGAGUGCACAGGGGUCACACAGGACAAAGUGCGCCCCAGGGCGUCCUCGGUGCAAGGCACUGGUGAUGGGCUCUGGCCACACAGGUUGGCACGGCUCCUGUCACCCGAAGUGCCCACUUCUAGCCCUUGAGUAGACUCUGUCUUGGGACACCACCACAGGCAAAGCUCUGAUGGGCUCCCAGCGUUCUCCUCUGGCCAGCUCUCAAGAACUUCCUAAUUGAUCUUUGCCUUCAGAUGAGGCUGUGUGGCUGGCAUUUCCUGCCUGGAGGGGGUGGGGUCGAGCGGCUCACCCCCAGACCAUGCCUGGCAUUUGGUCAAAAUUUUAAACAGUUCCCUCCCCUCUGAGCAGGAAAAUUUCUGUGCUGCAAGUAAAUACUAUUUACAGACAGGCUCACAGCCUCCUAAACGAUGUUUGUUGUCUCUUGCCCCAAACAGAAAACAGAAUUAUUUGCUGGAGACAGUGUGGGAGUGUGAUGGGCCUGGACAUCCAAUGCCGGGAUGGCUGGCAGGGCCCGGGCGGCAGGCUGGGAAGCCCAGCUGCACAUACUUCCUCUGUGUGGGGCUCCAGGGUCCAGAGGGAGUUGUCCCUGCUUAUCUUCCAGCUCCCGGCCCUCCCCGGCCUCUCUGAUUAGCCAGCCUAGGGCAGGGCCUGGCAUAAAGUCCCCAGAAGGAAAAAAGGACACCACCUGCAUUAAUGAAGAGGCGGGUGGCAGAGGCUGCUUGGGGAUAAGGCUUCCUUCGUGCAGUUGGGAGUCUGGCCAUGUGGGGACAUCAGGAGAUGCCACCCCACAGGACUGGUGUAGCCAGUCCUGGGUGUGGCCGAGAGAGGGCCUGAUCCCAGUAUGUGUUUUAUUCUGGCCCUUUUGAAAUGGUUUGGAUUUUUUAAAAAACCAUGAACAUUUAUUACUUUUGUAAUAAAAAGAAAGAGAUACACUUUUAAAAGAAGAGAGGAGGGUAGAAACAAGGGGCCUUGCUGCUUGUGACAGUGAGGUACCAGAGGCCACCUCCGUGACAGGAGGCACUCUGGGGCAUUCAGAAUGGGAACCUGGCAUCUGUAGGGCAGACGGCUGUGCACAGAUGGUACCAGGAAUCACUGUGGCUGAAGACUCAGGCUGGGCCAGUGCCUGCCAGUGUCACUCAUGUUCCUGAUUUAAGGGGCCAGCCUGGACACUGACCUGGGAAGAGCUGGGCUGUAACCCUUACCCUCAGGCUCUCUACUCAUAUCAAAUGGACUCUCUUGGAACUAGAGUCCCAGGAGGCAAAGGCUGUUUGGGGUCCACCUUGGCCAUCAGUCACCCCAAGUUACAGCCCGGCUGCCCAUGCAGUGCCGUGUGGGUGGCACAGGAAGGCGGUGCUCAGUCUGGAGGUGAUUCAGACCUGUACCUUCACUGAGCCCCCCUAUGCACCCUCAACUGGCUCCUUUCUGCAGUGAAUACCCGGGACCACUGCACGCUGCAGCCUGCUAUCCAGGGCUGGGGCUUCAUUCUUCUCCCAGUAUCUGGCAGACAUACCUCAGAUGGGGAGGGAAGGGAGCCUCAGUGGGGGCAGAAAGCAAGAAUGGCGAGGCCCCAGCCCCAGGGGCCUGUCAGAUAACUCCUGCGUGACACCAGGAAUCAGAGCCGGGGGCCACUGACAUUUCUUAGAUCCAGCUGAUGAGCCCUUGGAUGUGCACUGUGUGAUGUGUGCAUUUGAAAUAUCUGACAGUAAGAGUCAGGCCUGGGAGAGACGCAGGGACUCCGAGGAUGGGGGCCCAGCUGGGCUGAGAGGCAAGUAGGAGUGUCCUGUAGCAAGCGCCAGUGCAGGAGGGGCGAGGGUAGGCAUGGGGUGGGAGGGUGGCAGCCACCGCACUGCCCACGGAGCACCAUCAACUGACUGGUGGGCUGAUGGAGCUGGGUAAUGGUCCCCUAGGUUUCUCCUAAAUCAGACAUGGCCAAAGCAAAACACUGAGUGCACAGCCUUGCCUGUAGUGACUGGGAGCAGUGGCUUCCUCAAGCACUCCGGGCUGAGGAGCAGGCUCCAGAUACCUUAUUGCCAACGUUCAGCAACAUCACCCCAGGACUCCUGUUACUGAUCAACCUUGAGUGGGCCUGAGUGUACCCCCACCAGGCCCCAUGGAUCAACACUACUGUUAUUGUCACGAUUACCCCACCUGCCCUCCUAAACUAUUUGCAUAUUUUCAUCCAUAAUCACAGAACCAGAAUCACCAUCUUCCAGAAGGGAAAGCUGAGGCCCAGGAGAAGGCAAGAGGCUGUGCUGUGCUCCCAGGGCUCACUGUGGCUUUGAGCUCAGGUUCUCUCAGCUAGACAAUGAGGUCGGCCCACGUGCCGCAGAGUAAAGAUCCAAAAUGCUAUGGGGGAGCGGGGUGGGCCCUGGCCCUUCGGGUGGGACGCUGGCUGCAGAGCCCUCCAUGCCACAGAGCAUCUCUGGCUGGAAGAAAGGAAGCUGAGGCCUGCAGCAGAGCGCGGGGUUGGGGACCGCUCUUGCUGGGUCCCAGCCUGGCGCUCCGAGGCCCCUGCCCCGUCCCUCCCGCUCACCACCCGCCCCGCUCCUCGCCUGUUCCAGCAUUGAACGCGGCGCCCGCAGCUUCCCCGCGCCAUCGGCCGGGCCCUCUGCUGCCCUCUGGCGGCCUGAGCGCGCGGUGCCGAGCUGCGCGCCAGAGGCCCGGAAACCCGUUGUCAGCCCGGCUUCCGCCUCCCGGGAACAAGCGCCGGGCUGGGGACCGGAGCGGGAGGUGUCUGGGCUAUGCUCUGGGGACUUCAAUAUACGGUCCGCGCAAGCCCCCAGCAAACGCUGCUGCGCUUACUGGGUUACUUACUAGAUCUCUCUGGGGAAACUGAGAACCAAAGAAAGUGAGUGUACGCGCGCGGGAGGAGCUGGAAGGGGGCUCCUUGCUAGAGGUCGCAGAGGGUCGGGGCACCGCCGAGACCAGAACCCCAACACCCCUGCGGCAGCCGAGCCCGCGGCGGUGGAAGAGCGGAGUCCAAGCGCCUCCAGCCUCAGCCCGACCCUGGACUCAGUUUCCCCCAGCCCCCGCGCCCAGAGAGCAGGAGCGGGGCAGCGGUCGGCGAGGUCGCAGGGGCCUGGAGCGGGUGCGGGGGAGGCGGGUCUCGCGGGGCGUGACGCACCAAGCUGGGAGGGCCGGGGCGGGGCGGCCACGCAGGCUGCAUAUAAGGGCGGCGGCCGGGCGCCAAAGCCAGAGCGAGCUGCCUGUGCCCAGAGCCCGGGAGACUCUGAGCCGAGCGCAAACCCAAGCCCAGCUCGAGCGAAGCCGGAUCCCCAAGCCCGAGCCGCGCCCAGCCCGAGCAGAGCCCUCCGGCCGCUAACCCGCGCGCCUCCCCAGCGCCUCCGGCCACUCUCCGCCCUUCGCUCGGCCCCGCUCCCGCCCUCGCGGCCCCUCUGCCCAAUGAAACUGGCCGCGAUGAUCAAGAAGAUGUGCCCCAGCGACUCGGAGCUGAGUAUCCCGGCCAAGAACUGCUAUCGCAUGGUUAUCCUCGGCUCGUCCAAGGUGGGCAAGACGGCCAUCGUCUCGCGCUUCCUCACCGGCCGCUUCGAGGACGCCUACACGCCCACCAUCGAGGACUUCCACCGCAAGUUCUACUCCAUCCGCGGCGAGGUUUACCAGCUCGAUAUCCUCGACACGUCCGGCAACCACCCGUUCCCCGCCAUGCGACGCCUCUCCAUCCUCACAGGAGACGUUUUCAUCCUGGUGUUCAGCCUGGACAACCGCGACUCCUUCGAGGAGGUUCAGCGGCUCAGACAGCAGAUCCUCGACACCAAGGCUUGCCUCAAGAACAAAACCAAGGAGAACGUGGACGUGCCCCUGGUCAUCUGUGGCAACAAGGGUGACCGGGACUUCUACCGCGAGGUGGAGCAGCGCGAGAUCGAGCAGCUGGUGGGCGACGACCCCCAGCGCUGCGCCUACUUCGAGAUCUCAGCCAAGAAGAACAGCAGCCUGGACCAGAUGUUCCGUGCACUCUUCGCCAUGGCCAAGCUGCCAAGCGAGAUGAGUCCGGACCUGCACCGCAAGGUCUCCGUGCAGUACUGCGACGUGCUGCACAAGAAGGCGCUGCGGAACAAGAGGCUGCUGCGGGCCGGCGGCGGCGACCCGGGCGACGCCUUCGGCAUCGUGGCACCCUUCGCGCGCCGGCCAAGCGUGCACAGCGACCUCAUGUACAUCCGAGAAAAGGCCAGCGCCGGCAGCCAGGCGAAGGACAAGGAGCGCUGCGUCAUCAGCUAGGAGCCCCACCGCGCCGGCAGCCACACGACAUAAGGAGGACCUUUUUGUUUAAGUCAAAUCCAACGGCCCGGCACGCCCCGUGCGCCCCGGGGCCGCGAGCGCGCGGACUGGACUAGCGUCUUCCCUCCCCGCGAUCCGCCCCCAGCGCUGGGGAGGCGCCACUGAACCAAGAAGGGACAGUCAUCUGCUCUGGAAGGAAAGAGAACUGGCCAAGACUGAGACUACUCCCACCCUCACCCCAUCCCAUCCCCACAACUUGGCGGGGUGGGGGGCAAGGGCCCUGCCGAGAGUGGCAUUGUCUUCUCAAAGACCUAAGAGUGAGUGCGGGGUGGGGGUGAUGUGAAGUUAUCCAGCCUGUUAGGCUUCAAGAAACCGUCCUGCCCGGCUUGAGGGUCAGGACCCACGGGGCAUUAUCUUGUCUGUGAUUCCGGGUUGCCAUGACAGCCGGCAGAACCUGUGCCCUCCCAAAACUAAGGGGGGCUGGGUCAAAUCAUAGCCAAGUGACUUGUUUACAUGUGAGUGAAACUGCACAAAGGAACACAAAACCAAACUUGCACUUUAACAGUAGUUCCGGUGUCAACACGGACACCAACAAAACCUCACCCUGGUAUUUGUACUGCGUGUGUGCGAGUGAGGUCUUUAUUACUGUUGGUUUUUAAAUAUACAAUAAAAUAAUUUAAAAUGGAAAA